UAUAAAUAGAAACAACACCACACAAACAAACCAUGUUCAUCUAUUUUCAUUCCUAUAAUAAUAAUAAUAACUUUUUCUCUCAUUUCCACUUUUCAAUCUCCCCCAACCAUUUCCCCCCCAUUUCACAAAUCACACCUCCCUCCUUUCUCCUCCAACCCCCCAUCCUCUCUACUCGCUCAAAUGCCUCGCCGUCGUCGUUCUCACAUGCCUCCAUUUCCACCUCUCUAAUCUUCCCCCACCCUGAUCUCUUUCUUCUUCCGUUUCAAUGACUCACCAACAACAACCACAACUCGCUAAUCGCAGCCGCCGUGUCGGUGAAGUCGCCGGUAAUACAACGGCGGAAUGCGCUGCAAUCUGCUGCUGUGUACCUUGCACGGUGAUGGACAUGGUGGCUCUAGCGACCUAUAAAGUCCCUGCGUGUUUGUGGAAGAAAGCGGUUCAAAAGAAGAAGAAGAAACGGUUGCAGAAGAAUCUCAAGAAGAUUAAGAAAAACGAGACAACGUUAUUGGAUCAUAAAAAGCCCAAUGGGCCUGGGACUGGGCCUGAAACGGUUAUUGUUAAGCCCAAUUUGGAAGAGCAUUUCGAGGAGACGCCGGAGGAUGAUGUUAAAUUAGAAGAGAUGUGGGCCCGGUUCAAUGUUAACGGUUUUUGGAGGAGUGAGUCUCAGAGACAAGAACCGGAAUUGCAAACCGGAGAAAAAAACCGUUAGUGCUGUUUUGUAAAUUUGUAAAAUGCGAAUUUGCAUCGAGAUUUCUGAUAUCUAAAAAAGAAUUCAAUGCUUUGUUUACAUUUUAUGGAGUGUGAUGUAGAAAUGCAAUCAUUUAUAUGUUUUAAGGGUAAGAUAGUAAUGAAUAUGAUGCAAGUCUAUCACUAUCUUCUAACUCAAACAAGAAAUUGGGUUUGGUGUUGUCAUGAAUUAUCAUGUCAAAGUCAUUUAAUGUCUUUUUGCCAAUUCAUUGUUUCUUAGGGUAGUAGGUAAGUUGUCUCUAUUCAAAAGAAAAUGAACUCAUUUUGGUUUACUCUUUUCA